AUGUGUGAUAUAAUGCCAACAAUAGCUGAGGAUGGGAACUCCAGCCAAGGCGAUCGGGAUUCUCAAGUCAGCGGGGAUGGAAACACGGUUGAGGAUAUGCUUUUGAGCAUUUUGGAUGAGCGAGACCGCCUUAUGGAGAAUUUUCAAGAAGCUCAAGAACAACUGUCUUACUCGCAAAAUAGAAUGCAAGAACUUGAACGUGAAAAAGAGUGCCUUUCGCGUCAAUUAAGGGAAAAAAUACCUGAGGAUAUCGCAGUCUUAACUAAGGAUGUGCAGCAACUACGUGAUCAGUUAAUGGAACGAGAAGACGAAAUCCAGGAACUAAAAGCGGAGCGCAGUAACACAAGGCACCUGGAGUGUCUAGUAGCACGUCACGAGCGCUCCCUGCGGAUGACUGUGGUCAAGCGCCAGAUCUCUAGCCCCGGUGGAGUGAGCUCUGAGGUGGAGGUUCUUAAAGCCCUGAAGUCCCUCUUCGAGCACCACAAGGCCAUGGAUACGCGUCUACGAGAGCGUCUGCGGGCCUCCCUCGAACGCGCAGCUCAAUUGGAAGAGGAGGUACGAUCCUCGGCCGGUGACCGGGCCUCUCUGCGUGAACAGUUGGCCGCUGCCCUGGCCAACAUUGCCGCAGCUACUUCGCACAAUCUGAACAGUGCUACAGCCCCCUCCGGCACCACCCAUGGUAAAUCUCUUUUUUAUGCGCCGUCUAGUUUUGCCCAUGAAUGCCAUUCAGAGCAGUGUCUCAUAGCGAUGGCCAUUUGGUUUUGUGCCAAAAUGCAUCACGGAGCUGAGGCACCCGUUUAG